CUCCAUAGGAAAAGGGGGUUAAGAGCAUGAUUUCUCAAUCAGAGCUGAGUGUAACCCAAUCCUCAAAGCUCACACGGCUGUAACCUCCCACCAGGCGAGCUGCAUUUUUAUCCAGCAGCCGCAGCUCCAGACACCACAUGUACUCCUGGCAGAAAGCACACUGCAGUGGCAGGCAGCACAUAAAUUGUGUUUUUUCUCCGUAACCUGAGAGAGCAGUUUUGACUUCUCUAACCAUGGCAUUGUGGAUCUUCAGAAAAGAUGGUUGUCUGGGACCUAAAGUCUAUUCUGAGGUCCCAGAUGGAGGCUGGGGUUGGAUUGUGGCUGUGGCCUUUUUUCUUGUGGAGGUCUUCACCUACGGGGUCAUCAAAAGCUUUGGCAUUUUCCUAAAGGAUCUUAUGUGCGAGUUUAAUGAGAGCAACAGUCGAGUUUCAUGGAUCAUCUCAAUAUGCGUGUUUGUAAUGACUUUCACAGCGCCGCUGUCAACUGUGCUGAGUAAUCGAUUUGGCUUCCAGCCCGUUGUGAUACUUGGAGGAUUCCUCAUUUCCUUGGGAACAAUUUCCACUGCGUUCGCCAGCUACAUCAGUCAGAUUUACAUCACUAUCGGGAUUGUUGCUGGAUUGGGCUACUGCCUGACAUUUCUCCCCACUGUCACAAUCCUGUCCCAGUAUUUCAGUAAACGUCGCUCCCUGGUGACUGCUAUGGCCUCUACAGGAGAAUCCUUUGCCAUAUUUGCUUUUGCACCAGCAUUCACAGCACUUAAGACACAUAUUGGCUGGAGACACACAAUGGUGGUGCUUGGAAUAUUACAGGGUACCGUUGUUAUGUGUGGACUUCUGCUUCGGCCCUUGAUCAUCAAGCCUAAGACUGCUAAUGAGUGUUUCACUCAACCUCUGAAAUCCAGAAAGCAGGAGAUCAUCAGCUCUGUCCCUGAUUCCAAGCUCCAUGGUUCUUGUAGCUCUGGAGGUGCACAGUCACAGGAGCAGCCAGAACAGAGCCUUCAAGUGGUGCGACAGCAAAAAGAGGCAGACCCCUUUCAGAUACCCCAAAGCCAACAGGACCAAAGCCAAGAGGAGCCAAGCAGAAGCAAACUCCUGGACCUAACAGUGCUAAAGGAAGGCAGCUUCGUGUGCUAUGCUGCAUUCGGUCUCUUUGCAACACUUGGCUUCUUUGCCCCGCAGCUCUAUGUGGUGGAGCUUAGUGCCAGCAUGGGUACUGAAAGGGACAAGGCAGCCUACAUGCUGUCAAUAAUGGCUGUGGCGGAGAUCUUUGGACGUCUCGCUAUUGGCUGGAUUCUAAGCUGGGGCCGCAUUAGGAAGAUAUUUGUCCUGCUUGGAUGUGUGACGCUGAUGUGUUUGGUCCUUGUGCUUUUCACUGUAGUCGAUGGUUUCUGGGGACUGGCAGUCUGCUGUGUGCUCUAUGGAUUCUUGUUAGGCAAUAUUGCAUCCACACACAUACCCAUGUUGGCUGAGGAUGAUGUGGUGGGCAUCAAGAGAAUGCCCUUAGCUGUGGGCGUUUACGUCUGCAUCCAGAGCUUUGCGGGGCUUGCUGGACCACCUUUAGGAGGUGUUUUGGUGGACAUUACUCAAAACUACAGCUCGGCCUUCUACUCCUGUGCUGCGGGAACGGGGUUAGGAGCGCUUUUCCUUGGGCUGGUACGUCCAGCGAAGACAGGUCACCUUUGCACAAAGAAGUGUUUCAGCCCUUGCCAGGACAUCCCUGUAGUUGAGCAUGUGAGUGAAGAUAAAGUUAUGCCAGAGGAAUUCCUAGAGGUGAACAUUCUCUCCAACCUACAAGGUCAAUCUUGAAGAAAGCUGUCUUCUCUGUGGACUUAGUUGGGACUUGGGAAACUAUCAGAUCUGUGAAUGGCUGAUCAUGGAACAGCUUUAAAAUGGAUAACAGUUUGAGACAGUGGUUAAAUUUCAACAAUAACAUUCUUCUUGAACAGCAAUUGCUUCAGAUGAAUAGACAGAAACAGCAAGGUUGGGUUACCUUGUCCUCACACCUGUCAAUUAUACACAAAAUUGCCUUAACGAGAGGGGUAAGUUUGAAAUAUCCAUGACAACAGAAGCCUGAGCCUAGACACAUCGCACUCUCCUCUGCAUUCAUCCAUGUAAGUUCUAGUUACAAUUCUGGAUGGCCAUAGAAUCAGAACUUGAAAUAGUUGUCUGUAACCACUCUAGCCUUAACAGACCAUUGAUGGCUCAAAUCAGCUCGAAAUCUCCUGUGCACUAAAAUCAGAACUUUCCAACAGCUUAAAUUUGAUCAGUUAAAGCUCUGAAGAAUCACUGCAGGUUUCCUGCUCUUUCACAUAUCUGAUCCAUAUCAUCAAGCUCUCUAGGAGCUGAAACAAGUGUGCAAGGAGAAUACCUCUUUAUAUGUUUCUUAAAGGAUGAGGAAAGACUGAAGUAAACAGUUUAUGACUAUUGUAUAUAUUCCCCAUAGACUGUUGCUGAGAUUACUCUGGGUUCUAAAACUAUCCAAAUGUUAAAUCCUGAAUGAUCAUUUUCUAAUUUAAAGGAACGUUUAGUUUUAGUUAUUAAAAAAAAAAAAAAACAGUUCAAGGCGAAUUCUCCUAAAGUAAGACACGCUGCAAAAAAUAUUUUCCACAGGGUAUAAAUCGCAGCAAAAUUGCUUUCAGAAACUUGAAUACGCUUUAAUGAAGCGAUGCAGCAUACUCUAACAGUUUUGCUAUUAUUUACAUGCUAUGGUGAAAUCUGAACAGGGGCAGAUUUACUAAAAGAGGCGCUAAUUAAAUCAUGGCAGCCGACUUUUACCAAAAUAGGGUUUGCAUAUGUAAGUAAAUCUCAUAAUGCAUACGCAUAAUGUUUUAAUACACCUGAGAGUAUUUUGUUUCCAUGUUGUUUCUAGGCACAGGAACUGAAGCCAUCAAAGCCAGAAUAUAAAAUAUAAAGCUAAAAGACAGAUCGCUGUUGUGAUUGUACAACACCAUUUUGAACCUGAUGCAGUUCUUUGUCCUGUGGAAACCCAUGGGAGGUCAUUUUGAGCCAUAUUACACUACAGAAGCAAUUCACUUGAUUAAAAACAAUUUUUAAAAGUCUAAAAACUAGGAAAAUUGGCUUUUAUCAUUAUUUCCUUUAAGAAAAUGGAACUUUUACUAAAGCAACGGAACCUGCUGUGAUACAACAGAGACUUUCUGAAGUUACACAAACACAUAAGCACCUUUCGAGUGGCAACUUAACUUCAUAAAUUAAAGUACAUAAUUAAGUACAUGUUAAACAUUGAGUAGACACUUUACGUACUCAGUGAGCCUUUUUACACCUUGCAUGUGUUUCAUGUCUGGAUCGUAUCUAGACAAACUUUGGCCAGAUUCCAUUUACACUUUCAGUAAAAUGCAUCCCACUUGUGAUCAGAUGAGAUCUGACUAUACUUUUCCAGCAUAAAAAGCACAUCAACAUGUGUCACUACCAUUUUACUUCUGUUUACUUUUUUCCUCCUUUAUGAUGCUUGGCCUGGACACUGUCAGAGGCCUGGAGUGCAUGAAGGCUGUUUGUUUUGGGUCAAUCUCAGCCUUGUUUAUUCUACAUCUUUCAACUUAUUGUUUAUUUUCUCAGCUGCUAGUCAGCGCUCAGCAGAUGCAUUUCCACUCACAUAAUUGUAAACAGAUAACAAAAAUACCUUCCAUUUACACAUCUGUUAAAAUGCUGUCAAGAUCUGUCUCUGACUGUGGUUUGAGUGACCAAACCGUAAUCCAAUUAUAAAGCGUCCUGGGUGUGAAACUGAAUGUGAUCUAAUAAUUGAAAACGCAUGUUGAUGCAAGGCCCAAUAUGUAGGUCACAGCGAUCAUUAACAUUAAUAACUGAAUAAUAAUAAGUCUGGAGUUUGAGAAGUUAAAAUCUACAAUGUUUAUUAUUUCACACCAGCUAGGGGAUAACUGGGCAUUGUGCACACAUUUCAGAGAGCAAAUAAACAAGAUAACACACAAGAUAAGCGACUCUCCCAAUGCCUCUAUACAUGUGAAAAUUAAUCAACAAAAUUAAUAAGAUAAUUAAUUAAAUAAAUAUUUAGAAACAGAAGAGAAAGCAGAAGGUGAUCAAGGCUGACAGCAUACAAAGAAUAAGAGAUCACCAUCAAGCAAAAGCAAAAAUUGACUAAUGAUUGAUUGUAGUAGAACUGUGAUACCAUAAGAUACAGUUAUCAUAACAUAACUUAUUGAGGAUGUUAGGUACAGUAUUAGGCUUCCCUUAAUGACCACUCACUGUAUUUCAUUACUUAGGCAUUGCAGUGAAUUGAGAUAAAAGGCAAUAGUACAUGGUACAAAAACACAGAGUGCUGUAGAUAUUUUAGUCAUUUAAUUUUUUUAAAUAAACACACUUUAAGAGUGAAUUAUUUAGCAAUUUUAUUUAAAUUGUUUCUGCUGAAUUUUGCACACCGACCGUCUACUGCAUAGUUACUGCUGCAUUAACUUUAUAUUCACAUUUUGGGACCAAUUAUGUUUUUUUCUCAUGACACUGACAUAUAUUUAUCAAUCCUAAGACUUUGUCACUAUGUGUCAAAACGAGGUAAAUGCUUUCACAUCACUGUUAAACUACAGGACACACCACUUAAGAAACUCUCAAUCUUAGACUGCUCAUGUUAUGCAAAGAGUGCUGCCUGGGGAGAACAGCCAUGUGACUGUUCCUCCACUGUCUAUGAGCCGAUCUACUUUAAUGUGAAGAUCUAUUCAGAUAUAAAGCUACAGAAUGUGAACACAACCUUUAAUAGACCUUUAAUAGAACUAUAUCAAUGUGAGCAUGAGAAUGGAACGGUCAGUCUGAGUUAACGCCUUUUAUAAUUACUGUGCCAAGGAUGUGAAAAUGUCUACAUUUGAAGGUUAAUUCUCAAAGGGUAAUUCCCAUUUUGCAGCAUACUGUUAUAGACUGAGCACUAUUAUAAGACUUGAAUUUUGUAUAUUUGGAACAUGUUCCCAAAGGAUGAUUUUGCAAAAUGUUUUGCAUGUCUGGAAGAGCAACAUAAUGUACAUAAUUAUUCCACACAAACCCUUUUAUUUUUUGACCUGAAAUAAAGUAAUCUGAGCAAAA